AGCAUGGCAUGUCGGGAUACCUUUCUCCAUCAUGGCGGAUCAGGGCACAGGCUAACUGUUAGCAAUUUCUACGACUCCUUGUUUCGCACACUAAAGCAAUUUCAGGUUAUAUUUAAAGGAACUGCAGCUAUUCGUCGAUUUCUGGAUAAGAUUCAGAGACACAUACAAAUAACAUCAGUAAAGGCUUCAUCCAUAACAGCAGAAGGGUCACAAUGGAAAGUGCUGUUGAUAUCCCAUCAGGCGAGGAUGACACGCAUGAAAAAGAUGAUGUGAAUGCCAAGGACAGCACUGAUCCCCCUCAUAAGAAAAACAAAAAGCACAGAAAGCACAAGAGUAAAAAGAAAAAGAGGAGGAGGAAAGGAGAGAAGGAGAGCAGCUCAGACUCUGGCGCCGAGUCAGAUGCAGAACCUCCACCUCCUCCAAGACCUGUCAGGACUACUAGAGCCAGUGCCAGAUUGGCAGCAGCUGCAGGGGCUAAAGAACCUGGUGAACAGAAGGAGGAAGGCAAAAAAGAUGCGUCUGCAGAUUGUGUUAACACAGAGGGAGAUAUAAAGUCUAAAAAACACAAAAAGCAAGCUGCCAAAAAGAAGAAAAAGAAGAGAAAAAAAGAGGAAAAGCAAGAAAAGAAAUCCCCAUCUCGUUCUCCAUCUGAUAGCAGCUCAGCUUCAGGUUCCGAAUCUGAGGGGGACGGAGGCAAAGUGGUCGGGGAUGGUAAACAUUCUUCUGCUGCUGCAACGGACCCCCAAGAACUGCUGUCCAAAAUUGCUCUGAAGGACAAACAUGAAGAGGAGACGGCAGCUGACAUUGUCAUGCAAAAGCCUGAAUUGCCUGAAGUAAAGAAGGAGGAGAUAACUGAUAUCGACGUAUAUUCUGUUGGAGCAAAGGAAGGCAAUGCCAUCAAAUCGGAAAUGCUUGCAAAUUCCCCUUCUGAAGGUCGCAUUGAGAUGUCACAUACUGAAAUCGUUAAAGUUGAGGUGAGUCUUGGAGAUGGGGUUUUCAGCCAUGCCCACGAGUUACCUGAUAUCAUCCCAAAACAAGAAAGCACCACUCAGAGAGAGGACCUGGCCACGAAAGAUCAAACCAGUUUAGUUCAAGAAACAAAGAUGAAAGAAAACGAUUUCUCCAAGUCUCAAUCCCCUUUAAAGGGUGUAGAAAUAAAGAAGUCCGAGUCAGCUCCAAGUCGGUCGCCAUCACCGAGCUUAAGAGAACAGCAGUCUGAUGGACAGUCAGCCACUUUGGUAAAGGAACCAUCAGGAACUCUAUCCAGGUCCCCUUCAAAAGAUAGACGGUCUUUUACUCCUCAGAAGAAUCAGCAGCUAUCCCGUUCCAAGUCUCGUUCUCCAUCUCCCACAUGCAAGAGAGAGUCUCAUUCUCCACCUCUCAAAUCUCAGAAGGGAGCCAGCCGUCGAUCCCGAUCUACCUCUCCGUCUGUCCCUUUGAAGAAAAAGGUGUCAAAGUCUCCAAGGAAGUCCAGAUCUCCUAAAAGACGCAAGAGCUCCCACUCUGUUUCACCAAAGCGACGCAGGAGCCCUUCUCCUAAAAGAAAGGCGUCACGAUCUCCUAAGCGUGGAGGGCGCAGGUCUCCCUCUUUGUCUCGUUCUCCUCGAAGACGGCGAAAAUCUGAUUCCCGCUCUCGCACAAGGCGCUCCAGGAGCCGCACCCCCAGGCGAAGUGGUGCACCUAGUAGGCGCUCUCUGUCACGUUCUGUCACCAAACCUCGGCGUUCCCACUCUCGGACAAGGCGGCCUGUUGUCCGCUCCAGAUCCCGAUCAGCCGCAAGGCGUGCCGGAGGAAGGCGGUCUAGAAGUCAGUCCAUGCCGAGGCGCAGGAGGUCACCGCCUCCUCGAUCCCGCCGCUCACGGUCGCGCUCAGCCCGUAGGAGUAGACGAUCUCGUUCACGUUCCAUUGUAAAAUCUAGGCGCAGCCGUCGCUCCAGAUCCCGGAGUGUCCGCAAACGAACUAAAUCCAGAACCCCUCCUUCUCGACGCCGGUCUAAGUCCCGAUCACCAAUCCGAAGGCGCUCCCGAUCCCCAGCAAGAAGAAACCGUGCCUCACCAAGAUCUGCCAAACGUUCAAAGUCCCGCUCCUUAAGGCAGUCUGGCAAAAGAAGGUCCAGAUCUCCCAAAAAGAGCUCAAGGAGGUCAAAGUCUAAAUCUUUGUCAAAAGAAACAAAAAGAUCUAAAUCCAGGUCCAGAUCUGUAUCAAGUGAUGGAAGGUCUGAGAGCUCGUCCUCUGCCAGGUCCAUAUCCUGUACCCCAGUUGAAAAGAAGAGGUCUCCUCUCCCGCCUGCAGACAAGACACCAGAAAUGAAAGCAGUUGAAGAAAAUGGUGGAGUUUCAGUUACUGAAGGUGAUGUGGCACAAGUUCCGUCAGAAGUUGGCUUGGACCCUCAGGAUGUGAUUUCCUCUGACAAUUUAGAAAAUCAGUCGAGUCUUUGUCAAACCUUGCCAGCACCCAGAUCUAGAUCUCCUUCACAAGUCCCAGAUCCAGAACCAGAAGCAGAUCCAGAACCAGAAGCAAAUCCAGACCCAGAACCAGACCUAGAACCAGACCCAGAACCAAAACCAGACCUAGACCUAGACCCAGAAACAAAACCAGACCUAGAACCAGACCUAGAACCAGAACCCGAACCAGACCCAGACCCUGGCCCAGGUGGGCCAGAAGCCUCAGAUGGCUCAGACAGGUCAAAUGAAGAUGAAGAAUCUCCUGUAAAAACUGCGUCUGGAAGCCAAAGAAGUUCCUCAGGUUCAGUGUCACCAGAUCGUCAGAAGAAGCAGCCGUCAAAGUCGCCGUCGCCUGCAGACCGCAGGAAGCUUUCUCGGUCACCAUCCAAAACUAGAUCCAGGAAAAAGUCUUCCAGGUCCAAAUCUCUAGUAAAGAAAAGAGAAUCUGUGUCUCCAGUACAAAAGAAAAAGCGAAGGUCAAAAUCUCGAAGUCCUGCUCGUAGACGGAGGUCAAAAUCCCGCUCUGCCACUCGGCGUAAGCGUUCACGAUCAAAGUCAAGAACAAGAAAUCGACGGUCAAAUUCCCGCACUGCGGCUCGCAAGAGGAGAUCCCGUUCCCCAAAUGCCAGAGGACGGAGGCGAUCCAAGUCGACUGACAGAAGUAAACGAUCCCGAAGCCGAUCCGCUGGCCGCAGGAAACGGUCAAGAUCUGGAGACAGGGGCAGGCGGUCUCGGUCUCGUUCUGUGGAUCGCAGGCGGAGGUCCAGGUCUCGAGGCCGGGGGAGGCGGCCUGUGUUCCGCAGCCGCUCUUUUGACAGGCGCGACAGAUGGAAGAGAGAGCCAAGCCACUCUCCGGUUCUCAUUCUCCGCAAACAGCGCCGCUCAGGGUCUCGAACGAGACGCAGCACUAGCAAGACCCCUCCUCGUCUCACCGAUCUGGAUAAAGACCAGUUACUCGAGAUCGCCAAGGCUAAUGCAGCUGCCAUGUGUGCUAAGGCGGGGGUUCCCAUCCCAGAGAACCUUCGACCAAAAGCCAUCCUUCAGCUCCCCCUGCCCACUCCAUCCCCUACCCCCAUCUCCUUACCCUUACCAUUGCCUCUUCCAAUGGGAAUGGGAAUGCCUAGCAUGGGUCCAAUGGGGUUAUCCGGCAUUCCAGGGAUGCCUCCCAUGUCAAACAUGACCAUGAGUGCUGCUGUAGCUAGUAUGACUGCAGCCACUAUGACAGCUGCCUUGACUAACAUGGGUGCGCUGGCAGCCAUGCCCCCCCUUGCCCCCCUUCCCUCCAUCACCAAUAAGCCUCCCCCUUGCCUUGCCCCCCAGACAGCAUCUUUAAAUAUGGACCACAUUGAAGAAGCAAAGAGGAAGGUGACUCAACAGGCUAACAUACACACCAUCAAAGAGCUCACUGAGAAAUGCAAAAUGAUUUCAAACAGCAAGGAGGAGAUGGCUAUUGCUAAACCCCAUGUCUCAGACGAUGAAAGCUGAGGACUUCAGCUCCUGAAUGAAGAAGAAAAGCGUUGAGCUCCGGAGAGGAGCUGCUUUCCUUUCAUUUUACCCCAUUAGCCCGAUGACUUCUUGGACUGUAGACCCGCCCCCCCCCUAGUUGUUGCAGAUCAUUGUAGAGGAACCUGCAGCAGUCACUGCCCCCCCCCCCCUGCUUCCCCAUUUCCCUUUUCUUUGGAUAUGUGUGUGUGUGUGUGUGUGAGAGACUCGCUGGCUUUCACCUGUGAUACCACUGAGUUGAACUGGACGCACUGAGAUGUGAACUGUAUGACUGUGCAGUGAGCCUGAAUGCGUACGUGUGUAAAUAGUGAGUUUUACCACCAUCUCCACAGAGCUGCUCAUCUAAGCAGCUGCAGUUAUAAAACCGAAUAGGAAACAAACCAAACAAACUAGUUGUUUUGUAUAAGUUCUGCGACUCUCAAAAUUUGUUUUACUUUUGUGAUUUCUUACAGGUUGUGUUCUUUGGAAACGGCGUCCUGGUCCUUCUGUACUUCCUGUUUUAUGUGUAGUCCCCGCUUUUAUGGAUGAAAGACUGAAUACUGCAAAUCAGUUGGAGAUCAUUUAGAGUACAUCUUGUAAUUACUCAAAUUAGGAUCCUCUGUGUAAAAGAAAGCGAAUGCAUGACUUUAAGGUUUGGAGGGAACUUUACGUGAAUUUUUCAGCCUCAUUAGAUAAGUCUGGGAAAACUGCUGCAGCACCAAGCUAAUCUUUGGAUCUGAUCUGGUCUAUCAUUUGGGCUUUCAUGGGAUCUGACGGUUUUUGGAUUUCAUUUUGAAUGAAUUAUUUUAGUUUUUACACAGAUAUCUGAAGACAUUUGUUAUGUCAUUACAGAUGCUUAUAAACAGAAUGUUUAGUGAAACUGAAAGAUUUUUUUUUUAAAUCUAGAAGACAUUUUUGAGUAAAUUUGUCAGAAACAAUGUUUAAGAGGUUCUAAAAGCCAUUGACACAAAAAUAAUGAAUUAAUUGCUAUUAAUAUCUAAAAAAAAUAACCCGUCUUUUACUAUUAGACUGGUUUCUUGAGACACCACUUCAAAAAUGAGUAACAUUUCCAAACAAAUAUUACAAUUAAGCCUCUAAAACGGAGACCUGAGGGAUGUCCCAAGCUGUCUCUGUUAAAUGUUUUCACGAUUGGACAAUCUUUUUUUUUCUUUUCCUCUCUGUCCUUUUGAACUAAUAAUAUCGGAGGUAUACAGAUCAGAAUCUCUGAGUGAUGAGACGAAAACACCUGAUGUUAAAAGGAAAAGCUUAACAAACAGACCUUCAUCUAGCCUGCAGAUCCAGUCAGUCUUUUUCUGUAUUUGUAGAUCCUUAAGCUUGGAUUUCAAUUUGAUAAGAACGGAGAAAAACUUGGUGCUCUUGAGGCAGUUAUAAGAGACAAACGAUAGAUUUCACUCAAACAUUGUUUUUUUUUUUAAACCACUUUCUUUUCUUUUGCUCUAUAGGGAAUAUAUUUACAAAUCUAUCCUGUUUUUCUGGUUUCUUAAACUGUAGAAGAUUCUCUUGAAAUAUUUUGUCAAGAUGUAAUUCUAUUCGCUCUGUUUACCUGUUAUAACUGUUCACCUGAUUUUUGAGUUAUGCUUCUGCUAUUUUAAUGACAAAAAAAACAAAAAACAAAUGCAUUUUAGUUUUUUUUUCAGGGAUGGGGGGGUUGGUCAUUUCAACAUGACAUUGCUUGCUUUGUAUAUAAAUGUGUUGACGAUUAUUAAAACCUUCAAUCUGUA